CCAACAACCGAAACAGUUUUUGGUUGGGGUCGCCAAACGACAUUCACACUUUGCAUUAUGGUAUUUUCUGUUUGCUAGACCAACAAGUACUAUCGUUGAACGUGUUUUGAAAUAACUCCAAUCAGGUCUAUUCACGAUGUUGUAUUGGCCUAUGUUUUUGGUAGCCGUGUUGUUUGGCAUCAUUCAUCUAGUACCCGCCCAAAACGCAAAGUUCUGGAAUGACCAAGCACAUGACACUUUACAAAAGGCUCUGAACAGAGAGGCAUCGCUGAACAGAAACAUCGCCAAGAAUGUGGUGCUAUUUGUGGGUGACGGCAUGGGGGUGCCUACCAUCACCGCUGCCCGGAUUCUGAAGGGACAGCAGGCGGGGAUGCCGGGGGAAGAAACGGUCCUGGCUUGGGAAGACUUCCCGAGUGUUGCCCUGUCCAAGAAUUAUAACACCAACUCACAAGUGUCCGACUCAGCCGGUGCAGCGUGCGCCCUCUUGUGUGGUACAAAGACCAAGCGCGGCGUGAUUGGCGUUGACGAUCACGUGACCAGGGGUGAUUGUGAAUCCAUGACCGAUGCCGCCAAGAUCGACUCCAUCCUCGUCCAUGCCAGAAAUGCAGGUAAAGCAACCGGGUUUGUUACCACCACAAGAGUGACUCACGCUACACCCUCUAACCUCUAUGCUCAUUCGCCCGACCGUAACUGGGAAGAUAACAGUGAGGUUCCCCCUGAUCAGGAGGCUCUAGGGUGUACCGAUAUCGCCAAGCAACUGAUGGAGCUUGGAAGUGACAUAAAGGUUAUUAUGGGUGGAGGACGGAGCAAGAUGAUACCUUAUGAUGUAGCCGACUACGAGUACCCAACUAAGAACGGAUCAAGAACAGAUGAUCGCAAUCUAAUAACUGAAUGGAUUGAGAGUAAAGAUGCAUCAAGAAGCCGGUUUGUCUGGAACCUGGACGAGUUCAAUGCAGUGGAUCCAGCCGAAACUGAUCAUCUUCUAGGUCUUUUCGAGCCAAGCCACAUGCAGUACGAGGCCUAUCGUCAGAACGAUACGGGAGGUGAACCAUCGAUAGCUGAAAUGGUUGAAAAGGCCAUCAAGAUUCUCCAGAAAGAUGACGUUGGAUUCGUGCUUGUGGUGGAAGGUGGUCGAAUCGACCACGCUCAUCAUGACGGCCUCGCCGCCCUAGCACUCCUCGACACCAUUGCCCUAGAAGAGGCAGUCGUCAAAGUCAUGGAACUGACCGAAGAAAAGGACACACUGAUUGUGGUAACGGCUGAUCAUAGCCACGUUAUGACCAUAGGAGGUUGGCCUGUUAGAGGUAACCCCAUCUUAGGCCUAUACGAUGAAGAGCUUGCUGAGGAUGGUUUUCCGUACCCAACCCUCUCCUACACAAAUGGACCUGGUGGUAUUUUGGAGCAGGAAAGCUACGAGACAACUGGGAAACGACGUAAUCUAACAGACAUUGACACUGACGAUCUGUCCUUUGUACAACCUGCUACUUUCCCUUUAGUAGAGGAAACCCACGGAGGUGAAGAUGUCACGAUUUACGCACGGGGUCCCAUGUCCCAUCUCUUCCACGGAGUUCACGAACAGCAUUACGUAUCACACGUAAUACGUUACGCAGCGUGCCUUGGAAAUGCUGAGCACUGUGAUAAAUACGUAAAUCCGUGUGUGACGAAUGGGGCUACCUCGUUCCGGGUACGAGGAUGGGUAAUAGCUUGUCUCAGUCUCAUUUUUAUUGUUAUUCCCUGUCUUCAUGCUUGAUUAUUUACACUUCCACGAUACAAAGUUUCAAAUUCUACUACGUAAACCAUUUUAUGGUUAACGUAGGAUUUGAAACUGUGCAUAGUGGAAGUAUAACCAAGAGAGGCGUGCGGUAUCACAUGCGAUUGUCUCUAACUUUUGAGUAGUGUUGGUUCUGAAAAGAACCGAUUUGGUUCUCGUAAACAUUUUUGACAAGAUCAUUAAAAUGUGUGUUCUCGUAUACACUGAGCUGUUGGGACUUGCACACACCCACACAAAAAAACAGGUUGGGUCUACCCACACCUUUUUUGUUUACUGGGUACCAGCAAGGUCUUUAGAGAAGGGAACAAUAGAACAAAAGCAAGUCCCACAACUAUGUGUACAAAGCUGUAUAGCUGUAGGUGUACUAAGAGAACGUAGAGAACUUAACAGAGGGUCCAACCCACAGCCCUCUGAAAGAGUAUGUUGUCAUUUUUAAACAGCUACCUGAGCGGAAUGUUUUCAACGGAAACGGUAUUUUAACUUGUUUAUAAUGCA